UACUACGCGACUACGAAGGGUUCCUUAGUUGAAAAGUACAACUCUGCAAGGUUCGCGACUGGUUGCGUUGGUAUAAAACCAAAUAUUUUGAUAAGACAAGGAUCAGUAGAGAUUAAAUCCGUUUUGGGUACGAGUGGCGAGUGAAUUAAAAAAAAAAGUGUAGUUUGAAAAUGAAGUACAUUGGUAUAUCCAUUGUCCUCUCGAUAAUUGUUUUAUCAAAACCGACGGAUAGCGCAAAAAUCUUGGCAAUUUUUCCAACACCCGCGAAAAGUCAUCAGAUAGUAUUCGGUGCGUUAACUGAAGCACUACUAGCACGGGGCCACCAGCUAACGGUGAUGAGCCCAGAGCCACUAAAAACAGAUAAUCCAAACCUAACGCAAAUUGACUGGAGCUAUGCUUACAAGGUGAUUGAAACCCAAACCGAUGUGGCAAAGGCUACCCAGGAAAAGUGGAGCCCCUUGAAGGUGGUGGAGCAGCUGCUGAUGGUGACGAAGUUGUUUAUCGACGCAGAAUUAAGCCAUCCGGCAGUGAAAUCAAUGAUUCAAAACCCAAAUGAACAAUUUGAUGCUGUGAUCGUUGAGUACUUUCAAAUGACACCAUUUUUCGCCUUUGCCGAACUAUACAACGCACCCAUGAUUGGAAUUACAUCCAUCGAUUCAAUUGCCAUGUGUCAUGGGAUCGUAGGUAAUGCCGCGAAUGCCGUUGCUAAUCCGGAGUUACAUCACAAAUUCAGCAAAGAUCUAAACUUUCUGCAACGGAUGGAGGCCUUUAUAACCAUGCUGAUCAUGAACUAUUACCUGUUUCCACGAGAAUUUGCCAAAUACGAUGAAAUAAUUGAGCACAACUUCGGCAGCAAUAUGACCAAAUCAGAGCAGCUAAUGCAUCGAAUCGAUUUCCUCAUGACCAACGUUGAGCCGGCGCUAGGCUUUAUCCGACCUACAAUUCCCGGUGCAAUACAGCUGGGAUUUCUCCACGUAAAACCACCCAAAGCACUUCCCACUGAGCUACAGCAGUACCUGGACAACGCCCGCCACGGGGUGAUCUACUUCAGUUUGGGGACACUCAUCCGAACGACUGCGCUGAACGAACGGAAUGUUCAGUUAUUUCUCGACGUGUUCAGAUCGUUGAAAUAUGACGUGCUGUGGAAGUGCGACAGUCAGAUCGAUUUGAAUGGAGCCGAAAACGUGAGACUUAUGACAUGGCUGCCCCAGCAGGAUGUGCUAGCCCAUCCGAAUGUGAAACUAUUCGUUACCCAGGGCGGUCAGCAAUCGAUGGAGGAAGCAGUCGAUCGGCACGUGCCGAUGGUGGUCAUCCCAUUCAAUUUCGACCAGUUUGGCAAUGGAGACAAGGUGGUCGAGAAGGGUAUCGGCAAAACGAUAUGGAUGGAACGGCUGACAACCGUCGGACUAAGGGAGACGAUCCUCGAAGUCAUCGGUAAUAAGAAAUACAAAAGAAACAUCGAACGACUCGGCAAGCUGGUGCGGGAUCAGCCGAUGCGCCCUGUCGAGAAGGCAAUCUGGUGGACGGAGUACGUGAUUCGGCAUCAAGGUGCGUCCCAUUACCGGUACAAGGCAGCUCAGAUGCCGGUCUGGCAGUACCACUACUACGAUGUGAUGGCCACGCUGUUGGCGGCGACCCUGUCGGUGCUGGCUGUUGCCAUCUAUGCCAUCCGGCAGCUUUUCAGCUAUUGCUUCGGUCAGUGGUACACGGCGCAGUCGAAGGAGAAAACUCUCUAGAAAUUGAAGUGUGCUUGGCUACGAUGCUUGCAAUCUCGUGAUGCUGCUGGAAGGUGGAAGAGAAGAAUGCCAAGUUAUGAAUGAACAAUUAUAUUCGCCUAUUGCAUUGUGUGAGAGGCCAUUCAGUCGUCAGCUGUGAAUAGCUUCCAACGACUGUCAAUUAGUAUUUAAACACUUUUUCGUCGAAUGCUGUACCGUUGGCAAACAAACGAAAAAAAAAUGCCAAACGACCUUGAAGAAAAGCCGAAGUGAUGGUGCAAUCGGUCACAAGCAGGCCAGCUGGAGUGGUAGGACUGUUGCCAUUUAAAUCUCCUUUGGGGGUUUCAGGCGGCGAAGUUUUGUAGUUAUGACCUUUUUUUUUCGAAGUGAGUGAGAUGCGGUUUCAGAUGAAAAAAGAGUCAAAUAAUUUUACGCUAGAAGCAAGUUAAAAUGUCGACUGAGGGCAGUACAAUGAAUGUUCAAUCGGCGAGUGAUUCGAUCGUUAUCGAAUGAAUGCUAAUUGUCGCUACAGUUUUGUUGUAGCAUUUAGAUGUAAGGUUAUAUUUAAACGUCACUUGUACCAAAACGUGAUCAGUGAAUAAAUGUAAAUGUAGACAACUUA